AGUACUAAGAGUUUAUAUGUGCUAGUGCUCCUUCCAGGUGAAUAGUUGUUGUUAGCGAGUAGACUUGAAGUAGAAGAAGGCUAAAGGUAAGAUUUAUGGUACAGUUGCUAAAGGUAAGAUUUAUGGUACAGUUUCUGACACGUUGGUCCCACCUGGACGAAGGGGCCCACUUCCUGCUGGGGGCGGGACAUGUUGGUGCUCGUCUCGGCUCUUUAAAUAGCAGCGCUAACUUCACUGGACAACAUCAUCAUGAACCUUCUCGGGAUGCUAACCUUCACAGGUGAAACACAAAGUAAGACAAGAAUAUAUCUGAAAGAUGUUCUUGUCAACUUCUGCCAUCUUUUUGUCUCUUUUAGUGGCGGCCACACUCUACCUGCUAUCUCACACCACUGAGGGUGUGGUCGUCUACGCCUGUCACAACGACACAGCAGUGAUGUCAUGUGAGGUGGGCAGCAAGAUGAAGUUGCAUCACGUCCUGUACAAAGUGGGCGUGGGCACGCGGUGUGGCGAGGGCAAGCGUCACCCUGACGACGGGCCUGACACCUUCUGCUCCUUCCCCUGGGCGGACAUGGUGGUGGAGGACCUGUGUGGCAACAGGCGCACGUGUGAGGUUCCUGUCACUGAGGUGGUGUUUGGAGAAUAUCCCUGCAAGGAGACCAGCCGCUACCUGGAGGUGUCUUACACCUGUGUCCUCCCCAGCAGCCCACCUGCCCCCGCCAAAGCUGACUGUGACAUCAAAGAGGAGACGUGUGUGUGAACUUCCUGUUGAUGAUAUAACAAUAAAAGUUC